AACGCGCCGAGUCUGUUAUUGUCGGCGCUGCGCGGGUGGCGAGGGCCGCUGAAGAGAAGCGCCGGCCCCUUCGUCUGCUGUGCCCCCGACUCGUGGGCGUGGGACGUGGGUGGAAAACGGGCUCCCUUCCUCCCUCGGGGCUGAGAGCCGCGGCCGCCGCCGUCCCGCGUGCGUGCCGCGCCGCCGUGGGCCGGGGUCCGCCCGUGGGGAAGGAGCUGCCGGCGUGCCCGCCGUCGCGAUCGCGUCCCCGCGCCGAGCCCCGGCUCCACUCGAGAUCUCUCUUCCCCCUCUUCUGCAGGUUCGCCAGCGGCGUCAUGGCUCAGAGGGCCUUUCCGAAUCCUUAUGCCGAUUAUAACAAGUCCCUGGCCGAAGGCUACUUCGAUUCUAGCGGGAGGCUGACUCCCGAGUUCUCACAGCGCUUAACCAAUAAGAUCCGUGAGCUCCUUCAGCAAAUGGAAAGAGGCCUAAAGUCAGCAGAUCCUCGGGAUGGCACUGGCUACACCGGCUGGGCAGUGUAGAGUCUAUAGAGGGCCUCCAUGUCAGCUGAAAAAUGGAAGCAGAGCAAGGCAAAGUUCUUGGGUUACAGAACCAGCAGGCGACUUGAUGAGUCAUGUCCUCUGCCUGUUGAGCAUCGCUGUGCUUUACUUACAUCUCUAUGAUGUGUUUGGGGACCCUGCCUACUUGCAGAUGGCGCACGGCUAUGUAAAGCAAAGCCUAAACUGUUUGAGCAAGCGUUCCAUCACCUUCCUGUGUGGCGAUGCAGGCCCCCUGGCUGUGGCUGCUGUGCUGUAUCACAAGAUGAACAGUGAGAAGCAGGCAGAGGAUUGUAUCACACGGCUCAUGCACCUAAAUAAGAUUGAUCCCCAUGCACCAAAUGAAAUGCUCUAUGGCCGCAUAGGCUACAUCUUCGCUCUGCUUUUUGUCAAUAAGAACUUUGGAGAGGAGAAGAUCCCUCAGAGCCAUAUUCAGCAGAUUUGUGAAACAAUCUUAAGUUCUGGAGAAAACCUAGCUAGAAAGAGAAACUUCACAGCAAAGUCUCCACUGAUGUAUGAGUGGUACCAGGAAUAUUACGUGGGAGCUGCUCAUGGCCUGGCAGGAAUCUAUUACUAUCUAAUGCAGCCCAGCCUUCAUGUGAGCCAAGCCAAGUUACAUAGUUUGGUGAAGCCCAGUGUAGACUUUGUCUGUCAGCUGAAGUUCCCUUCUGGCAAUUACCCCCCAUGUUUGGAUGAUACCAGAGACCUGCUUGUCCACUGGUGCCACGGUGCUCCUGGGGUCAUCUACAUGCUCAUUCAGGCCUACAAGGUGUUCAAAGAGGAGCAGUACCUCUGUGAUGCCUACCGGUGUGCUGAUGUGGUCUGGCAGUACGGACUGCUGAAGAAGGGCUAUGGGCUGUGCCAUGGUGCUGCAGGGAAUGCAUAUGCCUUCCUGGCUCUCUUCAACCUCACACAAGAUGUGAAGUUCCUGUACAGGGCCUGUAAGUUUGCUGAGUGGUGCUUAGAUUAUGGAGAACACGGAUGCAGGACACCGGAUACCCCCUUCUCCCUCUUCGAAGGGAUGGCUGGAACAAUCUAUUUCUUGGCUGACCUACUAGUCCCCAGCAAGGCUAAGUUCCCUGCAUUUGAACUCUGAAGGGAAAGUGUGUCCCCUGCAGCAUGACCCCUGUGUGUCUUCCAGCCUGGGCUAAGUGUUUCUGUUGCUUCUGAAGAGCAGAAUGAAACUGUGUACUUGAUGUAGUUGGGUUUUUAUUUCCAUAAUUUGUCUUCAGCAUUUCAGCGCCUUCCUUUUUUUAUUUACUUUUAUUUAAAAGUAUAAGUGAAGCCGGGCGGUGGUGGCACACACCUUUAAUCCUAGCACUCAGGAGGCAGAGGCAGGCAGAUCUCUUCAAGACCAGCCUAGUCUACAGAGCGAGUUCCAAGACAGGCUCCAAAGCUACACAGAAAAACCCUGUCUUGAAAAACCAAAAAAAAAAAAAAAAAGUAAAAGCCAUCUUAAUUUUCUUCCAAAAGGAAGGAUGAUUGACAAGUAUAGUAUUUUAUUGUGAUAUACAUGUAUUGGAGGAAGCCUUACUCUUAUUUAAUUUUAUGAAUGUAACUAUGCACCAGUGCUCUGUUGGCAUACAGAAGAGUUCUACAAGAGCCGUGAACGGCGUAUAACAAAGGUUUAUUUAUUUGAGGAAAAACUCAGAGGAAGGGAGCGAUCCACAGUUCUCUGUGUGUGCUGGAAACUACAGCCGAAUCCAGCAGAAUAAAGGGUCAUGCACGCUUUUUGUCUGCAUUUAUAGUACAUGAGACCACGCCCAAAGUGUGCCCAUAAAGGAGUUCCCACAGCACCGUUCCUUAAAAUGUUUUCUAAAAACUCAGUAAACCAUGCCUGGUAGCAUGCUAUCCCAUCUACUGAGGAGACUGCGGCAGGAGGAUUACAAGUAACGGCCAACCUGAGUGGCUUAGUGGGCCCAUGUUUCAAAGCAGAGAAGAGAGAGGUCUAGUGUAUAGCUGAGUGGUAGACACUUUCUUAGCGCACAAGAAGCGCUAGGAUCUGUCCCAGCACACAGGUGCACACACACACGUGCUCACACACACGUGCACACACACACACACUCGGUGCAGGUAGAUAGGGGUUGGAUGUAAAUGGCCAUUGAUGAACAUUGCCUUCUAUCUCUUCUGUUGAAUAUUUUUUUUUUCCUACAGAGAGUAGUUUUAUAACUUGGUUUUCUCCAAAUGGUUGAUUAUUAAAAAAGACAAAAAUAUAACAUAUGCUUCUGGAAGAAAAACUUAAGAAUUGCAGAUUAGACUUGGAACUAUGUCUAUGACAUUUUUUUAAUCUUCUAGUUUCCUGUCUGAACUAGAAAUACACUGUAUUGUAGCAAUGUUACCAAAACUUAAAAGUGAUUCUGAUGUGUGUCCUGACCUGAAAGCUAAUUCACCACAACAGUUCCUUGUUUUCUGCUAAUAUCUGGAAAUGUUUUGUUUAAAAGAGUUUGUCCUUCAGUGUUCAUAUGAGAUUGGAAAAAGAUUUUCUGUGUGCAUUUGCUCAGACAGGUUUCCAGCCUGACCUUCAACUCCUUUAGAAGUUUGGCUUACGUUCUCCUUACUCACUGACUGUGCCCGAGAGCCAACUGUCACCCCUUCUGUCAAUUGGUCUGAACGUUGGUCUUUUCUGCUUAUGCUUACGAAGAAGGUGGGAAGGGAGAUGCUAUGACCAAGAGCUUCUAAGAGAACAGAACUUUGGACAAGCAUGCUUGUUCUUAGGAAGCUUCUGAUGCUACAGCCUCCAUGCUUGGAACACACGAGUCUUGCAUGUCCCAAGUGCAAUAGCCCGUCAGAGUCUGAGACCAUGGAGUCCAUGAAGACUCCUUGGCGCUUCAAACUCAGAACAAAUGCUUUCAGACUCCUUGGCUCCUCCUUCCCUCCUCAUAGCCCAGGCCCUUUGUAACUAACCUGGAAUGUUUGCCGGCUUUAAUACUACAGGGUCUGAGAAUAUUUAAUGUGAAUCAAAUCCCCACGGAGUGUGCUGGUUGCUAUGAGGAAUAUCUGUUAUUUUCCGGUUGAUACCAAAAUAGCUAAUAUGAGAAAUUUUCUGUCCCUUUAAAGGCUACCUACAGUAGUAUUCAAAGAGCAGCUCAGUUCUCAAUUCCUAGGGUUGGACUGCUUCUUCUGUGGCCCCUGUCCAUCAGGGCUUGUGUGACGUCACCCUGUGAAGUGCUGUGGAAGCUGUGUGCAGACUGCCUGGUGGUGUCGGUGUUUGUAAGGAAGAGCCAUCGGCAGCAGAGCGCACCCAUCCAGCAGGCUUUAGAGGAGAAAGCCCACUUUGUUUCGUUACGUGGUAUAUUAUAAUCUGCCUGUACUUUAAGCUACUGUGGUUACUUAUUAAAACAAAAAGAACCAAUGUUUUGGUCAGUAGAGACUGGAUCACAGUGCUUCCCAGGCAUCCUGAUGAAUGCAGCCCCAGAGAAAACUCCAAGUAGGAAGUGUCUUGAGUAACAGCGUUGUUACUGUCUGAGCUGUCUUCUGCAUAUUGCCAUCCAUUCACAGACCCAUCAACGUGAGCAAUUCAGCUUCCCACCUUCACUAUAGCAGAGUAUCUGUGCUGCUCUUGUACAUAAGAGCUACAGGAGUUUUCUGGGGCUUUUUAACUCAGACACAGUACAAAGCCCCAAGCAACACCACCCCUCUGAGGAAGAGACUGUAAGAGAUGUUUAAAAACCUUACAGAGGUUAGUUCCCGAGAACCCGGUGGCAUUGCUAAUCUCCAUCCAGAGCCUGUUCGCCCAUGUGUUUCUUCCAUUGUACACUUCUGGGCUUAGCUUUUCACCAUGGCAGCCUGACUGACUGGUUCCGUAGUCCUGCCAGGCCUUCCUCUCAUCCCAUCUGUCUGUCUGUCUGCUUAGAUUCAUCCGGUUCCUUUUUCAUGAGUCACGUCACAUCCGCUUGAUAUCAGAAGUCUCCAUGAAGCUAGAGUUAGCUAAAGGGGGGGCCUAAGGAUAUUUUUUUCUCCUUUCCAUUUCCACGAGUGAUUGAACUGCAGCCUUCUGCUCCUGUGUCCUCGGGUCAGUUUGUGUUUGCUGUUGCCUUUUCCCGCCUAGUUCUGAAAUAAACAGUGUGAGUGGGAACAUUGAUUUACAAUCUUUUUAGGCUCCUAGAAAUAGGUGUAGUCCCUACUUACUCAUUCUGAACUCCAGUUCUAGCACGAAUAAUAAUAACCCGGGGACAAAAAUUGGGGUUCAGCCUGAAGACCAGGAAAGCAAAGCAGCAAAGCCACUAGAGAGCUCUUACCUGUAUGAAAUCUUCAGGCUGAAAGAGAGAGUUCCUGUCUCACCCCGCCUUAUAUUCCUCUCUAGUGCUGGGGUUAAAGGCGUGCACCACCACUGCCUGAACUGUGUGACUGACUAAUGUGGCUGCUUUGCGUUCUGAUGUUUAGGCAAGCUUUAUUUAUUAAAAUCCAAAUGAAAUAUUACUGCAUCCAAUUCCGUUUCUGCUUCCCUGAAACAUGUCAGAGCAAGUUUCUGAGUCCUCUGUACCACUGGGCUGUAGGAGACCUGUUUACAUCCAGUAAGCUGGAAUCAGUCUUGGGGACAUUCAGGGUUCACCCCAAGGUUACAUUGCCACUUACUGGGAAGGGCUGGGAUCAUAUCUGUAUUGACUGACUGACCUUCAAUAAAAUGUUACUAGGCCUGAG